AUGCUUUAUCUUCAAUAUCAGCAUUGCGCACAGAAUAAUCGGGGGUCUCCGAGAAUCUAUCCAGGACAAGCUGGAAAUGAAUUCGGUGUGGACAUUGUCCCAAGCCGUGAACUACGCUUUGAAGGCAGAGAUGCAGAUCAGUCGGCACACAAGAACAUUAGUACCCGCCGAUAUAAUCCAGAGCAGAGCAGUGAGGGAAGUAAACCACACCAUGUAAGCGGAAUUAAACAAGCAGUGCCUUCACCGAGCGGCGCUGGAAUACUGGGUGCUGAACCAAGACCUCCAGUGGCUACACGACCCAGAUUUCCUGCUAAGGAUGCUAAUCCGUAUGUAAAACCUGCCACUCUCAAAUGCUACCGCUGUUUCCAACCCGGACAUAAGUCCAAUGAUUGCCCCAAUCGACAGCAAAUUCAAUUACUUGAAGGAGAAGCUGAGGAUGACCAUUAUAGUGCUGAGAACAUCAAUGCACGGGAAUUCGAAGACCUCCAGGCGGAUGACGGCGAACCCGUAGUGUGUGUGCUUCAAAAGCUCCUAAUAGCACCUCGCCAACCCAAUAACUCGCAGCGUAACUCCAUAUUUCGUACCCGUUGCACAAUCAAUGGGCAGGUGUGCGACGUUCUGAUAGACAAUGGCUGCACAGAGAACGUCAUCUCGCGGUCGGUGGUACAAAAAUUGCAUCUUAAGACGACACACAAUCCAAGUCCGUAUAAAAUCAGCUGUGUGAAAAAAGGAGUAGAAAUCGCUGUAACCGAAAUGUGUCGGGUGACAUUCUCGAUUGGAAAGAGUUAUGUGUGCGAGGUUCUCUGCGAUGUGUUGGACAUGGACAUCUGCCACUUAAUCCUUGGGAGGCCAUGGCAAUUUGACGUAGGGGUUGUCUAUGAUGGGCGCGCAAACACUUAUUCUUUUGAAUGGAAACAACACAAGAUUCGGCUACUUCCGCAUGCUGUCAGCAGCGGCGAGAAGGGAAUUACUGAAAAAUCUGCAAUGUACAUUGUCUCGGGGCAGACUCUUAUUGAUUCCUGGAAAGAAUCCUCUCUAAUAUGGGCACUCGUAGCUGUUUCAGCACACUCAGAUAGUCUGCGACCAGAACUACCCGCAACUGUUAGUGACAUACUGAAUCAAUACCGGGAGGUGUGGCCAGCGGAAUUACCCAACGAAUUGCCCCCAUUGAGGACGCUGCAGCAUCAGAUCGAUCUCCAUCCGGGGGCUAAUUUGCCAAAUCUACCUCAUUAUAAAAUGAGUCCGCGGGAGCACACUGCUCUGCAAGGCAUCAUUGAAGAGUUGCUCCAAAAAAAACUCAUCCAUCCCAGCCUGAGUCCGUGCGCCGUCCCCGCCUUACUCGUACCGAAGAAAGACGGCAGCUGGCGAAUGUGCGUAGACAGUCGAGCCAUCAACAAAAUAACUGUCAAGUACCGUUUCCCGGUGCCUCGCAUAGAAGAUAUGCUCGAUAAACUGGCUGGUGCCGUGUUGUUCUCCAAAUUAGACCUCAGGAGCGGGUAUCAUCAGAUACGAAUAAGGCCCGGCGACGAGUGGAAAACGGCAUUCAAAACCAAGGACGGUUUGUUUGAAUGGCAGGUUAUGCCAUUUGGACUAUGCAAUGCCGCCUCAUGA